CCUCAGCUGGCACACACAGUGUAGGUGCAGCCCAGCUCAUCCCGCACGCCCGCCCCCAUCCAGCCUGUCUCCUUCUUCUCCCUUCUUCAUUUUCCCCAUUUCCUUCAUUUAUCUACCUUCUUCCUUUCCCCAUCCAUCACUCUCUCCUCACAAUGGAUCCCUGCCCCUUCCAUCGCAUCCUCAUCUCCAAUCUCUCCCUCCGAUUUCCCCUAAACCCUCUCCUCCCCCUCUCCUCCUACUACUGCAAGCUCAAAUUCAAGCCCUUCCCCAACCAAUUCGCCGACCUCUCCCUCCAAUCCUCCGACUCCGACGCCCUCGACAGCAAAAUCAACGCCUGCUUCUCCCUCAGCAAGCCGGAGCUCGAGAAAUUGGCCGACAAAAGCGGCGGAUCCUCCUCCUCCCUCAAGAUCGAGAUCCACCGCCGCGGCGCCGCCGGAUGCGGCCUCCGCCGCGGCGGGAAGCUGGUCGGCUGCGUCGCGGUGCAGCUGGACCUGAGGGAGAUUCUCGACAAGAUGGGGAAGUGCGUGAUUCAUAGCGGCUGGGUCGCGGUCGGCGGGUCGGAUUUGAAGCUGCAUCUGAAUGUGCGGGCCGAGCCUGACCCGAGAUUUGUGUUUCUGUUUGAUGGAGAGCCUGAGUGCAGCCCGCAGGUUUUUCAGGUGAAUGGGAAUGUUAAGCAGCCGGUUUUCACUUGCAAGUUCGGUUUGAGGAGUUCUAAUGAGAGGAUCAUCAGAUCGAGAUCUUCACUAUCAGAACCAAGCACAUCGGCGAGCUGCUUCGGCUCCGGCGCUGGCAACAAAGAGCAUCCCUUGAAAGAGCGGAAGGGAUGGUCCAUCACCAUCCACGACUUGUCCGGAUCCCCCGUCGCGGCCGCCUCGAUGGUCACGCCGUUCGUGCCAUCGCCGGGCACGGACCGAGUGAGCCGGUCCAACCCGGGGGCGUGGCUGAUCCUGCGUCCGGGACACAACACGUGGAGGCCGUGGGGGCGGCUGGAGGCGUGGAGCGACGGCGACCACCUCGGCUACCGGUUCGACCUCGUCCCCGACGGCGGCAUCGACGCCACCACUCUCGCCAGCUCCAGCAUCCCCACCAAGAAGGGAGGGAAGUUCACCGUCGACAUCACCACCGGCCCCACGCCGAUGACGAGCCCCAACAGCAGCUUCGACCUCAGCUCCGGAUCCGGGUCCGGGUCGGACCUCGGGUCGGCCUCCGGGUCCGGGUCGUGGGCGCAUCUUUUGUACCGAGGGUUCGUGAUGUCGUCGACUGUGCAAGGCGACGGCAGGUGCUCGAAGCCGGAGGUGGAGGUCGGGGUGCAGCACGUGAGCUGCACGGAGGAUGCGGCCGCGUUUGUGGCAUUGGCGGCCGCCGUGGAUCUCAGUAUGGAUGCUUGCAGGCCGUUUUCGAAAAAGCUCCGCAAAGAGCUGCGGCAACCGGAUCUCGAAUAGGGCAUUGCCCUGUUCGGGUCGGGUCUCGGUCGGUCCGAGACGCGAGAGCCAGAGUUUUACAUCAGUUUUUCCAUUGCUAGUGUAUAGUCAUCGACAGCUAUUUUUUUUCAUUUUAAACAUGUUCCCAUCUUCCAAUUUUAUUGAGUCAAUUCAUUUGUACAAUUGCGAGUUUUCAAUUCGAAAUUUUAAUUAUUUA